AUGCAACAAACGUCGGUCGGGGUAGGACCUUUGCCGACGGGAUGGGGAGCAGAGCUGGGGCUGCAGGAGCAAGAUCUUCUUCCUCAGCAUCCUCGUCUGCUCACAGGCGCUCUCGACAACGGACUUCGCUAUUCGAUCCUCGAGAAUAGGAACCCAAAGAACAGAUUCUACGCCAACCUUGAAGUUCAUUCCGGCAGUUUAGACGAGGACGACGAACAGCAGGGGAUCGCGCAUUUCUUGGAGCAUGUGCUCUUCUUAGGUACAGAGAAAUACCCCAAGUCAGGAGACUUCAAAAAGGUCCUCUCUCGCCUCGGGAUGAGCCAGCUGGCUGACGCCAACGCUUACACCGACUUUCGCUCCACCGUCUACACGCUCAGCGCACCAACUCGAGGAAGCGAGAAGAGGCACGCUUAUGACAUGGAGAAACUUUCUGGUGCAAGAAGAGACACAUUGUUCCGUGCUGGGCUCGUCGAGUCUCCAGCUACAAUCAAGACACCUACGCAGCUGGAGGAGGAAGAGGGAGGGGAGGAGGAGGAGGAGAGAGGGAAGGGAGUUGAGGCUGCUGAGGACAACGUGGGGCUGGUGAUCGACCUGCUGCAUCAGAUGACGUUCAAGGCUCUGAUCCGGGAGGAGGACGUGGAGCGUGAGAGGAACGCUGUGCUCAACGAGAUGCGAGACUCGAGCGACAUCAGCGAGAGGAUCGCGAGCAAGUUCUACCAGCAGCUCUUUGCUGAGACUCUCCUUCCCCGCCGCUUCCCCAUCGGCAAGCUCGAGAUCGUCCAGCGAGUCAACGCGGACGGUCUGCGGCGCUUCUACGAGCAGCACUACUUCCCUUCCAACAUGCACCUCUUCCUCGUCGGCGACUUUGACGCCCACCGCGUCCUCCAGCACAUCUCCUCCUCCUUCUCUGCCGAGCCGCCGGGCCCUCGCGCUCCUCCCUCGCACUCCCGCAGGGACUCGCUGGCGUGGGCAACGCCUCCUGGUCCGCUCCCUCUCUGGCCGUUGCGAGGGGCUCGGGUCGAGCAUACCUUCGGCUCCCCCCCGUCGGUGCGGUAUGAGCAGAUCUCGCACUCGCAGGUGUCGUCGUUCUCGCUGACGCUGACGAUGAAGGAGGAGCUGGAGAGCAACGUACUCGUGCGACAUGUCUUCGAGGAGCUCGUGGACAGCCUCGUUGGCAUGGCGCUGGAAGGGAGGUUCGAGGAGCUGCGCACCCGGGGAGGCGCCGCGGCGGUGGAGAGCGUUGACUGGAUGUUCCUCAACUCAGCGCGUGAGGGGUGUGUGCUCAACUCGCUUGUGGUGACAAGCGAGGGGAGGAGCUGGAGGAGAGCUGCGCGGGUCUUCGCCAAGACCCUCCAGGAGCUGAUCAGCUUCGGGCUCGUGCAGUCCGAGCUGGACCGCCUGCUGCGAUCGCUGGUGAAGCAGUACAAGACGGACGUGGAACAGGAGGAGACGAUGGAGUCUGACGAAGUGAUGGAGGAGUUGAUGGAGUGCGUGGAGGCAGGGGACGCGUUCAUGUCGGCGGGGCAGAAGUUCGAGCUGGUGAGGAGGAUGGAGGAGGCAGUCACGCUGGAGCUCGUCAACCACAGGGUCCAGCAGCUCUUCUCAUUCGCUUCCCUUGCUGGCCGCAACUCAGAACUUUGCGCCUGGUUCGUGUGCGCGCCCAAGAGGGAGGGGCGAGCGCUGAAGGAGCUGAGCGAGGCGACGCUGCGGGAAGAGAUGGAGAAGGCGACGGCGCGUCUUGAGCCCUACCGGGACGCGUCGGUCGUUCCCUCGUUCCUGUGCGAGGACGAGGAGAUGGACGAGCGGAUGCGGCGGCUGCAGCCAUGCUUGGUGCCAGUGAGGUCGAUGAGGACGGAUGGGACGGAGAAGGAGGAGGGGACUGAGGUCCUGAGGGACCCGGGGACGGGGGUCAGGUUCAUGGAGCUGAGCAACGGGAUGCGAGUCACGGUGAAGGAGACGAGCUUCCAGAAGAAAGAGUUCGGCAUCGAGAUCCGAGCGACGGGAGGGAGGGCGACGGAAGUGGCGGCGGGGAUGAAGAAGGGUGCAGUGAUGCUGGCGAUCCAGGCACAGCUGAGGAGCGGGCUAGGGCAACACGACGAGGAGACAACAAGGAGGUACACGCAGCUGCACGCGAUCGGGUUCGACGGCAGCUGCUCCAUUGAGCAGUCCUCUUGCGAGAUCGCCGCCUCCUCCUCCGAGCCCAACGCCCUCCGCCGAGGCCUCGAGGUCGCCCACUUGCUGCUGCGGGACUUCGCGGGGGAGGAUCGGGCGCUGAGGAGGGCGAGGAGGGAGCUGAAGCUGCGCUGGGAGGCGAUGGAGGAGGACAUGGAGGUCCUUGUGGCUCGCACCAUGAUGCAGCUCCUCGUCGACCCUUCCGUUGAUGCCUACGACUCCCUCAGCCUCCUCGUCUCUCCUGCCGACGCCGCCGCCCUCUCCCUCCACGACCUCCGCGAGGCCUUCCUGCUCGAGUUCGACCCCAGCAACCUCGAGGUCGUGCUCACCGGCGACUUUCCUUCUGAGACUCUGCUGGACGACGUGCUGCGCUACCUCGGAACCCUCGAGACCCGAGCGCACAAGCUCCCUGCCCAGCAGGAGCUCAGCAAGUUCUCCUCCCCUCCUGGUGUCCUCCGGCCGCGAACCGCUCAAGUGCAGAUCCCCGACGACUCACAGAGGACGUUCGUGUGCCUGGGCUUCCGCUCCCUCAACAGGUGGGGCUACAGCGCUUACGAGGAGGGGGAGGAGGGGAUGGGGAGGAAGGACAGGUGGGAGGAGCACGGAGCGAUGCACGCGAGUCGUUGUUUGAAUCUGGUGGUGGACAUGCUGAACAACCGGCUCUACGAGGAGAUCCGCGAGAAGCACGGGCUCGUCUACUCCGUCAGCCUUAGCUGGGAGCCCUUCCUCCACCACCCCUACGGCCUCCUCACCGUCUCCCUCUCGCCCUUCCCCGACAGGAUGGAGGAGGCGAUCGAGCGCGUGCUGGGGGUGCUGGAGAAGUUCGUGGCCGAGGGCUUCAGCCGGGAAGAGCUGGAAGCGUCGCGGGGCCCGACGGUCAAGGAGGUGGAGGAGAAUCUGAGGACCAACGACUACUGGACGAGCCUCGUCGUUGGCAUCCAGUCGCGCGGGGCCCUACCCAAGUCCUGCCGCUCCAUCCAGCACAUCGCCGACAGGUAUCAAAGUCUGACGGAGGAGGAGGUGCUGGAGGUGGGAAGGCGAGCGCUGCGAGGGCUCAGGGAGCAGCUGGUCGUGGUCAAGGGCCUCAGCGAUCCAAGCUUCUCCUCCGUCUCCGUCUUCCUCGAAAACGAGGACGCGAAUGAAGGGCCCCGUUGA